GACUGUAAAUUGCCAACUGAUUGUUGGUGCGGUUCAUACAAUCCCUAUCAGUGAAUAGUAUUUUGAAAGAGUUCGAUAAACCACAUAAUUAAACAAUCCAAAGGAUACGUUUUCUAACUCUUGAAACUUUGGAGAGUGCUUCCAGAAUCAAACAUGGAUGAAGUCGAUAAAAUUAUAAUACAUUCAUUGAAACAAAUCGGAUGUAAACUGGAAGCAGAUGACAAUGAAGUGUUUUCCUUAAAUCAUUUUACACCAGAUAUACUUGCGAGAUCGGUGUCAAGAUGUUUACAAGCAAUUAAGGCGGAUGCUGUUGUACCCAAAUCAUUGCCGGAAAGUUUGAAUAUGGCUCAGAAAUUUACCAUUGCCUCUGCUCUGGCUGAAGCUUGUGUAUCAUGUGGUUAUCGAGGUGACAUUGGCUAUCAGACGUUUCUCUAUCCGAAUGUGGUGGACACCAGGCGGUUGUUCAUGUUUUUAAUUGAGCAGCUACCAAAAUUAAAUGAUACGUUGGAUUCCAUUGAGGGCGGUGGAGAACGAAAUGAAUAUAAUUUGUUGUUGAAGGAAAUUAAAAAUAAGGUAUCCAGGGAAUUAAAAGCACCCUGGGUUCCUCAGUACUGCCGUGGUUUGGCUAACAGAAAAGGGGAAGGCAACAGUAGCCUUACAGUCGAUUUUACCCCUCAUUUAAACUUACACAUUCCACAAUUUGAAAGCGAUUCGCAGUCGAAAGAGUUCUAUCAAGCACCAAAUAUAUUUCAACAAGCAACUGCAGCCGACUGUGACCUGGUGAGCUCAGUAUUACACAAAUGCGCUGUUGACUUGUACAGUCCUUGCCUAAGUCUAGAAGGUGUGCAGAUAAAAGUCAAUAAUAAACCAAAUCCAAUUAUACCAUCUUUGCAAGCAGUGGAAGCUUGCACAAUGAAAAAUACUGAAGAUGAGCUCCAAGUUGUGGCAGGCGCAACAACUCCUCUCCAGAAUCUUAUCAAAAAUGUUGAAGAAUUGCAACAAAUAAAUGAUUCUUGCUUACAAGAGCUACAAACUUGCAAUAAUAAGCUCAGUAAAAUACGUCAAGAACGUGCAGAUAUAGUGGCUCUGAUGGACAGCAUGCGUAAAGAUCAGAAAUUCCAUGAACGUACUUGUGUUAUUUUGGAAAAUCCUAACGAUAACAUCGUCAAGCUGGAGGGGCUUAUAGAUAAAACCAGAGAAAGACGCCUGACCGUUGAGAAUCAAUGGCAGUCGCACCGAAAGCCAGCAUUAAAGCAAAUUGAAGAAAUACAAAGACUGAGACAAUCGAAAAACUUGCAAAACAUUCAGGAGCUACGUCAAACCAUACUGGACUAUGAAACAAGUCUGAAGGAAAAAACCAGUACCCAUAUCCAACUAGCAGACGAGUUAAAAAGGUGCGCCAUUGGAAUCGCUCCAAGAAAAGAGUAUACACGGCGAAUAUAUGAGUUCAUAGGAAAUAUUCGAAAACAACGUAAUGAUAUUUUUAAAAUUCUUGAUGACACUAGAGACCUGCAGAAACAACUUAACUCUGUGUCAGCACAAUUACAGCGUCAGUUCAACUACACCGAUGAUUUGUUAUUUCAAAGUGCCAAAGUGCAUUCGCAUGCCAAGCAAGCAUACAAAUUGUUGGCCUCAUUACAUGCCUCUUGUAACGAAAUAUGUGAUCUGGUAUCACGCACUGGUCAGACGACCAAAGAAAUUCGUGAUUUAGAGGUACAAAUUGAUAGGGAACAUAUGAAAAAUGUUGCAGCAAGCUUGGAGAAAAUUACUGGAGACAUUAAACAGUUUGAAAUGAUAAUACAAUCAAUGCAAAAUGAUACUGUCAAGCAACAAAUCUGAAUUUGUAAUUCAUAUUAAUUGUUAGUAACUACAUUAUGCUUUGGCUUAUCUCAUAAGAACGAUGAGAAGAAAAUAGUAUACUUCUUCUUAAUACUAAGGAACGCAUAUUUUAUUUAUUUAACCGAAUGAAUGGGAGGUUUUUUCAUAUAGGUAAUGCAAGAAGGCCUAAAUAUAAGAAUAACUCGACCAAAUUUUAAGGGAAACGACAAUGGUCUCAUCACUGCACUUAAGAAGAGUAAUUUUGUCUAUGACACAAAACAUUCUAGUACAUCAAAUAUAUGGCAUGUAAUGCAAUGAUUAUUAAUAAAUUACAUUUUUAAUAUACCUUAUUACAAUGAAAUAAAAAAACAAUUAUUGAAUUUAAACUAAA